CUGGAAACCGUUCAGGUCGCUGAAGCACUUUUGAAUCCUUUGGGCGAGGAUGAUGACGACCUCGAAUGUAAUUAUGUCAUCGACAAAAAUUUAAUAACAGGAUACUCGAUGAUAGAAGAAAACCUGGCUCGGAUACCUGAGCAGAAGAAAGAUGACUUUUGGGGAAUCGACAAAAUCGCUCCGCUGUACAGUAUUGAAUCCGCUGAACGCUCUGUGCAUCCAUUAGUUGGAAGCGCUAGCAAAAUUAAUCUGGUGAAAAAUCGGCACGAGAUCGUUAUGACACCACACAAGAACAAGCUCAGUGAGUUGUCGGACGAAGAACAACGCAUAAUGAACGGCAUCACCGCCUACGGACUCAAGAAAGGGCGAAUAGUCCAGACACAUGUCUGUCAAAAGUUCGGACAAGAUCCAAAUCCGAAUUGCAAUACAUUCAAUUCUAUGAAAAGUAAGUUGCAUGCGAUUUUGGACUGUGUGCUUGUGCAGUGCCUAAAUAAGAGAGAUGGCAUCCAGUCCUCACUAAACGCGACACUUUCUCCUCUUUAG